GCGCGGGCAGGAGGUGGGGGCGGGGGAGGCCGCCUGGAAACUUAAAUCCCCAGCGGGGCUCACCUGGUCCAGAACCGCCAGCUGCUGUAAACUCAAGAAUUGUCUGCGGAGAGCGCCUGCGCAUCUCCGACGGCUGCUGGAGGAGAGAUUGGAAGACCUCGCUCAUCUCCUGCUGUGUAUCAGCCAAGAACGUGUGAGGUGGUGUUCCUUGGGGAUCCCCUUGCCCUUACUUGGAAUGGUGUGUCCUCAUUAGUGACGUUUUGCCUGGAUGACCUCAGUACAAUUGGUGCAAAACCUGGACCAACUGUUUCCUAGUUUCCUAGUUGUUGCCUUAAACUUCUCACCCGUCAGGUUUUUGAAACAUGAAUCUUUCACUCGUCCUGGCUGCCUUUUGCUUGGGAAUAGCCUCCGCUGCUCCAAAAUUUGACCAAAAUUUAGAUACACAGUGGUAUCAGUGGAAGGCAACACACAGGAGGUUAUACGGCACGAAUGAAGAAGGAUGGAGGAGAGCCGUGUGGGAAAAGAAUAUGAAAAUGAUUGAACUGCACAAUGGGGAAUACAGCCAAGGGAAACAUGGCUUCACAAUGGCCAUGAAUGCUUUUGGUGACAUGACCAAUGAAGAAUUCAGGCAGGUGAUGGUUUGCUUUCGAAACCAGAAACAUAAGAACAGAAAAGUGUUCCGUGGGCCUCUGCUUCUUAAUCUCCCUAAAUCUGUGGAUUGGAGAAAGAAAGGCUACGUGACUCCAGUGAAGAAUCAGAAACAGUGUGGUUCUUGUUGGGCAUUUAGUGCUACUGGUGCUCUUGAAGGACAGAUGUUCCGGAAAACAGGGAAACUUGUCUCACUGAGCGAGCAGAAUCUGGUGGACUGUUCACAUCCUCAAGGCAAUCAGGGCUGCAACGGUGGCUUCAUGAAUAACGCCUUCCAGUAUGUGAAGGAGAAUGGAGGCCUGGACUCUGAGGCAUCCUAUCCAUAUGUAGCAAAGGAUGGAAGCUGUAAGUACAAACCUGAGAAUUCUGUUGCUAAUGACACCGGCUUCGUGGUGAUCCCUGCUCAUGAGAAGGAACUAAUGAAGGCAGUUGCAACUGUGGGGCCCAUCUCUGUUGCUGUUGAUGCAAGCCAUUCGUCCUUCCAGUUCUACAAAUCAGGCAUUUAUUUUGAACAAGACUGCAGCAGCAAAAACCUAGAUCAUGGUGUUCUGGUGGUUGGCUACGGUUUUGAAGGAACAAAUUCAAACAACAACAACUAUUGGCUCAUCAAAAACAGCUGGGGUCCAGAAUGGGGCUCGAAUGGCUAUAUAAAAAUCGCCAAAGACAGGAACAACCACUGUGGAAUUGCCACAGCAGCCAGCUACCCCAUUGUGUGAACUUGAUGGAUGGUGAGGAAGAAGGACUUAAGGACAGCAUGUCAGGGGAAUUUUAUCUUGAAACUGACCAAACGCUUAUUGUGUAAGAUGAACCACUUGAAUCAUUGAGGAUCCAAGUUGUGAUUUGAAUUCUGUGAGACUUUUACAAGGGUAAAAUGUUACCACUACUUUAAUUACUGUUAUACACAGCUUUAUGAUGUUGAAGACUCAUUACUUAAUUCUAAAACUUUUGAAUUUUUUUUUUUUUUUUUUUUUUAAAGAUGGGGUUUCACCAUGAUGGCCAGGCUGGUCUUGAACUCCUGACAUCAGGUGAUCCACCCACUUUGGCCUCCCGAAGUGCUAGGAUUACAGAUAUGAGCCACUGCACCUGGCCUGAAUUUUCAUUUUUUGAAAAGAUAUACAAAACAGUUUAAAAUAAAUUUUAAUCCAUAUGUAAAGGUAAUCCUUUUCUAUUUUUAAUGCAUCGGCUUUUUGUGUAGUCAGGAAAUACAAUUGAGCUCUGAAAUAAUAACUCCAAGUUAAUAACUACAUGAUAUAUUAGGAGAAAGACACUGGGUGGCUUCCUGGCUCUUCUAGUUAUAAAAAUACAGAUUUUAUAUCAGCUGCCCAGAACUGUGUGUGACCCAACUCUUGAAGCUACUAAAAUUUGACAAACUAUUUGGAAGGACAAACCUAAAUUUUUUUUUUAGUAAAGGAAAAAGCAGUUGACUUUUUAGAAAAGUGAAUAGGCACAGAUUCGUAGGUUUUAGAUAGGAGGAAGGGAGAUAUCUUCUUCCUUUGACACAUAACUUCAGGAUGGUUAGGGUCUGUGACAGAAAGUGAAGUUGCUUGUUAUUGGAGCCUCUCUCUGAAUUGCUGGUGACCACCUUGCAGUCUGAGGAAGAAUCAGGUGCCAGUAGAUUACCACAUCUAUUUUGUUUUCAUUCUAAGUCUCUGAUGACAUAUUCCACCUAGCUCUUCUAGAAAAGCUUCUUUGUUAACUAAUGUUAGCAAAAAUAAAUUUACUGAUGUGGUUAACAAAUCUCAGGCAGUUGGCAAUAGCUAGAAAGUAGGUUCAGGGCCCCUAAGAGAUCAGGCUGGGCUACAGAAAGUGGCCCCUGGUUGAAGAUGGAUAAGAGAUCACAAGUGAAAGGUCAGAAGUCAGUAGGCCAGACUGUGGCUACCUAAUCCCUGAAUUAAAAAUAAACUCGAAACGGGGGAAGAAAAGGCUAAGCAUAUAGUCACAUGGGUAGUAAAUACAAAUAAAACAAAUAAAACUAUCUUUGCAUAUUUAAAAUACUGGAAGAAAGUACACCAAACUUGUGGGUGAAUUAUGGGCAAUUAUUUUCUUUAACUUGUUUAGGGGAAAGCAUGUAAUUUUAUGAGCAGGAAAACAUAGUAAAGAUAUACCCACAUUCUGCAGGCUAAUGGAGAGCCCCGUGUGUGUUUAAAAAUACCAUGUUUCCAGUCAAAUAAGAAAACGUGGGACGAGCUGGUGAAAUUUAAUUGAGAGGUGAUCCAUUGUGAAGACAAUGGGAGAUACAGGGCAUGUGGGACUGUAUAUCCCAAAAACCCUUCCAUAGCCUGUGUCCAUAGCCAUCUGAAAAAUCCAACCUAGCAGAUUCAGUCUGAGUUUUCUCUGAGAAAGGAUUCCUUUGUCUUUACAGCAGCAGGCUGAGUCAAUAUCCUCCACAGAUUUCUAGAACAACAACCCAAGGCUUGAAGGAAACAUCUAAGCACUAAAUUGAAUGAAAGAGCGAUGGCUUUUUAAUCAAAUAAUGAAAUUUCAAAUCUGUCAAAACAACACCCCUCAGAAAGCUAAAAUCAAGAUUUUAUAAUUUUCAAAGACCUUUGAAAUAUUUUAAACUUGUGAAAAGUUAGAAACCUUGUGUGUUAUCUAAAAGCAUUUUUCAAACAAGCCAGUAGACUUGAAAAAUCUAGUCUGAAGCAUAAACUUAACCAAUAUUUCCUAUACUCAAACAUUUAAGUUGUUUGUUUUCCUACUUAAAUUGCAAAGGAAAUAAGGAAGGGUGAGAUAGAAAUGAUUCAGCAUAUUAAGAGGGAGGAGUCUGCUGAUAUGGGAGUGUAGUUAUGACAUUUGGGCAUCAUACUAGAGGCAAUGGACUCAGUAAUUGGGAAACAUCCCCUCAGCCCUACAUGUGUGUCACGUGUGUGUUUUGCCUGCGAAAGUCAAAACUGUGUUUUCUAAAUUUAUUUCCCUUUUAACUGAUACAAAAUUCUAAAAAGCAAAGAAAAAACUUCUCUGUAUUAAAAAUAAAUAUUAGUAAAUGUG